CAUUGGCAUCAGUCGCUCGAUUGCUUUACUCCGCAACACACAAAAACCAAAACCUUCAAAAAUGAAAUCGUUCGUAGUUUUCGCUCUGUGCGUUGUGGCCGCCCUCGCCGCUCCCCCCACCAGCAACGACCGCGAUGCUCAAAUCCUCAAAUACGAAAACGACAACAUCGGCAUCGGCCCCUACGGUUACGCCGUGGAGACAUCCAACGGCAUCCAAGCCCAAGAGAACGGCCAGCUGAAGAACGUUGGAAGCGAGAACGAGGCUUUGGAAGUUCGCGGACAGUUCUCCUACACCGGUCCCGACGGCGUCGUCUACACCGUCACAUACGUCGCCGACGAGAACGGUUUCCAGGCCUCCGGCGCUCACCUCCCCCAGCCCCCCCAAUAAAUCAUCACCACUUAGCCUAUAAUCUAGUCCAAAAAUACUCAACUUCUUUGCCCCCCCAUCCUUUUUAAGAUCGUUCAAGCGAUUCUGUGAUACCCUCCUGAUUUGUAUAUUGUUAAUAAACCAAUGUUAUAAUUA